AUCCAUUUGUGAACUGCAGUUCAAGUAAAUCAGUCGCAAUGAAAAGCUAUCUGCUGCGGGGCAUAUUACUAUAUUAUUUAUGCACAUUGCUGCUGAUUGAGGGACGGGAUGUGGAGUUUAAAGAGGAAAAUGACAAUAUUCACCUAAGUGACGUUUUGCUCUGCACAAACACUUCACUGCAGAACCAAAAGCGCUUGAAUAGAUCGAGUUUGGGUGGACACAUGCGAACUGAUCACUUGGGCAGAAAUCGAGUGAACCAUCGAAGUAGAGCACCAACUAGACGUCGAAGAAAACACCGAACUACGCCCAAACUUAAAUACUAUACACCUAAAAUAAAUCCAGUUUAA